AUGUCAGAUUCUAAGAAGAAAAUUUCUACUGAAGCAGACGAUGUGUUUGAGUUUUUGGACUCGUUGCCACAAAGUAACAGUUUCACUAACACUUCUAGCCCUGCUGGUGGCUCUGAGCAAAAAGAUGCUAAUAAACAAGAUGGGUCUUUGGUAACAGGUGAGGGUCCAAAUGGAAAUGAAAAUAAAGAAGAUAUUUUGGAAUUUUUAGAAGAAUUAGAGAAGAGCACAAAUAAUAAUGGCUCUGAUACUAAAAAUAAAAUAACUCAAAAGGAGAAGAAAAAAGCAGAUACUGAUGCUAAUGCAGGUCCAUCAGUUAAAGAACCAAUAAAGCAUGAUGCUGAUGACACAGCUAAUGCUAAUGAUACAGCCAGUAUCGCUUCUUUAAAGGAUAAAAGAUCAAAUGAUGCUGGCAUGGAAGAUAGAGAAGAUAGCCCACUUAAUGAUCCAAUUACAUCAUUCGCAAAUUGGUGGUCAAAAUCAGGCUCUGAUAAAGUUUCUAAGAUCUGGAAUAAGACACAAGAACAAGCAUCGCAAUUCAGAGAUAAACUGAUUGAAAAUGACGCUGUGUUACCAGUCGUCAACUUGUCAAACUUGAAAGACAAUCUGAAUACAAAUAAUUUGUUAAGUUUGACUGAUCAGAUUACUAAGAAUUUGACUAAAAUCGUAGUUGGUGAUACUGAAGAAGUCCUUCGUAUCCAUUUAGUCCAUGAUUUAAUUAAUUUGUCUUAUUUGCAAUACUAUGUGGAGGAAAAAUUCGAUCAAGUUAUGAGCUCUCAAGUUGAAGGUGGUAUUAGAAUUUUUGUUGAUGAAUGGGGGAAACCGAAUAAUAACACAGUUAAUAAAAACUAUAAUAAUAAUGUAGAUUCUAAUGGCCAUGCAAAUGAGAAUAAUAGUAAUAGUAGUUCUAGUAAUAGUAUUAAUGAAUUUAGACAAAAAAUUGAUUUGAAUCUGUUUCAAGGUAAAAUUAAUGAUGGUGACAAGUUAGCUUUUGCUAACUUAGAUAAUUCAAUCGAAUUGUUUAAUAAAGCCCAUGAAGCUAUACUUCAGCAACAACAAGAGGAUCAAAAAGUAAGUAAUAACAAUAACAACAACAUUAACGAUAAUAUUAGUGAUAUCUUUAUUUCAAUUUUACCUAUUUCUAUACCAUCAACCAGUCAUAGUAACAAUGCUGAUUCUAAUGCUAAUGAUGAUAGUAAUGAUGAAAUUAUUAAGACAAUUGACACUACAAGUCCAAAUAAUUUUCAUUUCACUGUGGUACUAAAGGAUAUUUCCAAUGAUAUUACAUGUAUUGCAAGAUCACAAAGUUUCCCAUUAAAAUGGUUACAUUGGUUACAAGGUUCAAAGAUUCAAACUGUCGCUGUUGAGAAGGGUAAUUCAGAAGAUAAUAAAAAGAAUAAGAGUGAUGAUGAUGAUGAUGAUUCUAAAUACAAUGGUGACGAUGGUGAUGAGGAAAUAAUAGUAGAUCCAAGUGAAUGGGUCCAACAAUGGAUUGAAGAUGGUAUAGCAUUGGUAAUUGGUGUUGUAGCUCAAAAUUAUGUUAUUGAAAGAAUGGGAUUCUGA